UUAAUAAUAUAGAGAACGUAAGCAGAUUUGUCGAAAUUAUAGUACACUCGAUCUACAGUGGACAUUUGACGGAACCUGGUAUUGAGUUAAACAAGCUGAGCACCUAUUUAAACUACAAGAGGAAAGACUGUUUGACUGCCUACAGAAUAUCCAGGGCGAUGAGGAACCUAGUCUUGUGUAUGGGACUGGCGAUGGUGAUAGCUGUGUCAUCAGCUGUAUCUAAUGGCGGGAAAACGGACAACGUAGGUACUGUGAUCGGGAUAGACCUCGGGACCACGUACUCAUGUGUUGGAGUGUACAAGAACGGAGGCGUAGAAAUCAUUGCUAACGACCAGGGAAACCGUAUCACACCCUCAUACGUGGCCUUCACCGAUGGAGGUGAACGUCUGAUUGGAGACGCCGCAAAGAAUCAGCUGACCAGCAAUCCUGAGAACACUAUCUUUGACGUCAAACGUAUGAUUGGUCGAACCUGGGACGACAAGUCAGUCCAGAGCGACAUCAAGUUAUACCCUUUUAAAGUCAUAAACGAGGGUAACAAGCCCCAUUUCCAAACGGCCGUAGCUGACGUGAAAAAGACGUUUGCCCCAGAAGAGAUAUCAGCCAUGGUAUUGUCCAAAAUGAAGGAGAUAGCCGAGAGCUACCUUGGUGAGACGGUACACAAUGCCGUAGUCACAGUACCAGCCUACUUCAAUGAUGCCCAGAGACAGGCCACGAAGGACGCCGGUGUCAUAGCGGGCCUCAACGUCAUGAGGAUCAUUAACGAACCAACUGCUGCAGCUAUCGCGUACGGUCUUGAUAAGCAGGACUCGGAGAAAAACAUCCUGGUGUUCGACCUUGGAGGCGGCACGUUUGACGUGUCCGUCCUGACCAUAGACCAAGGUGUGUUCGAGGUCUUGUCCACCAAUGGCGAUACCCACCUGGGCGGGGAGGACUUUGAUCUGCGCGUGAUGGAACAUUUCUUCAAGGUGAUAAAGAAGAGGACUGGUAAAGACAUACGACAGGAUUCCAGGGCUGUACAGAAACUGCGUCGUGAGGUGGAGAAGGCCAAGAGAACACUAUCCUCCCAGCAUCAGACCAGAAUUGAGAUCGAGUCUCUAUUUGACGGAGAAGACUUCUCAGAGACAAUCACCAGGGCCAAGUUUGAGGAGCUCAACAUGAAUUUAUUCCGGAAUACACUUAAGCCCGUAAUAAUGGCCCUUAAGGACGCCCAUUUAGAGAAGAACGAGAUAGACGAAAUUCUUCUGGUGGGCGGUUCCACUCGGAUCCCUAAAGUGCAGCAACUGAUUAAAGAGUUUUUCGAUGGAAAGGAGCCGAGCCAUGGAGUAAACCCUGACGAGGCCGUUGCUAAAGGGGCAGCUAUCCAGGGCUGUAUUCUGAGCGGAGACGGGUGCAGUACCAACUUAGUGGUGGUGGACAUAAACCCCCUUACCCUCGGCAUCGAGACGGUCGGCGGGAUCAUGACUACACUCAUACCUCGAAACAGACCUGUUCCUAAUAAGAAGUCACAGAUAUUUUCGACCGCCGCUGAUAAUCAACCAGCCGUGACCAUUUCCAUAUACGAAGGAGAGCGAGCCAUGACCAAGGAUAAUCAUUUGUUAGGAAAUUUUGAUCUGACGGGGAUCCCACCAGCUCCAAGGGGUAUCCCUCAAAUAGAAGUCACAUUUGAAAUCGAUGUUAAUGGACUUUUGAAGGUGACAGCCGAGGAUAAAGGAACUGGAACCAAAAAAGAAAUAGUUAUUCAGAAUAAUAAUGACAGACUGUCACCUGAUGAUAUAGAACGGAUGAUAACAGAGGCGGAAAGAUUUGCCAACGAGGACAAAAAAGUGAAAGAAAGGGUAGAUGCUAAACAUGAACUUGAAAGCUAUGCUUAUUCAUUAAAAAAUCAACUUGAAGAUAAAGAUAAGCUUGGCGGUAAACUCGGAGAAGAAGAUAAGUCCACACUUAAAGAGGCAAUAAAGAAAACAAUUCAAUGGUUCGAAAAUAACUCGGACGCAGAUACAGAGGAUUUUAAAUCACAGAAGAAGGAGCUAGAGGAUAUCGUGCUUCCGAUCAUGAGUAAACUUUACGAGAGUACAGGUGGAGUCCCGCCCCCACAGACAGAGAGUGACAGUGAUAAAACGGAUCAAGCAGAGCUCUAGUAGCUCUACACAGGAGGAAAUCCUUUAUAUCCGAUGUUUAAAACAACUAGAAGUUACCCGGAACUCAUUUCUAACCAAACUGAUCUCAUAAGCAAUAUGAUACGUUGCAAAUAAGCAAGCGAGUGAGAUAAGCAUGUGCGAGCUGAUGGGAAGGUAUUGUAAAAAAGUGAAUUAAUUUCAUUCAUUAUAGAAUUGUGCUAUUUAUUUGUGUACAUGACGGGUAAUUAUGGAGACUGAUAAUUUAUACCAGGUAUCAUUCUAUUUAAAAAUGACAUUUAAAGUUGUCUUUGUUUCUGAUGAAUGAUAGUAAAGCGUUUGAUUCGUAUAUGAUAACAGAUAUAAAUUGCCUUUAUCUUUAUUUUUUUUGUAUGGCGAUAUGUUUUUUUUUCUUUAUUUUUAUAUUGUGAUAUUUUUGUUAGUGUUUUAUAUUGUGAAAUGAAACAUCACUAAGAUGUAGUGUGUCUUUGUUUGCUUUUACAUGGCCGUAAAGUUUUAAGCAUUAUUGUUUUCAUAAAAACAGCUGUAAUCCAAAUUAAGAAAGUCUCCAUUUUCAGUUGACUAUUUUAUAGAAUUAAGUAACAAUGUAUGUUUGAAAAACAACUAUUUUCGAGCAUUUGGAAGGUAUGAAGUCAAAUCAAACGGUUUUCAUGCAUCUUGUUUCUUGGACGUUAAAUAUGUUUUAUAUAUGUACUCCACCUCAGUCUCGUGUAAAUGUGACCAUAAUGAGAAGGAAUCAAUUAUCAUUAUUUCCUAUUUCAGCUGGGUUUUUUUUAUAUAGAAAAAUAAAAAUAAAAUGGUAUUGUUAUAUAUGUCGUGUAACGACGUAUAUCUGUAUUGGACAUAUGAAAAAUAUCUUUAACACACUUGACGAUAUGUUAGAUAGGUGACGAUAGUUUGUCAGUUUUGGAAAUGUUAUUUGUUACUUUUAGCAUAAAAAAUCAUCGUUUAGAAAGAUCAGGGUAGUUUUAGUAUUGCCUCUGUAAAUAGUAAUUUAGAUUUGUCGUCCAAACCUUUUUGAAAAUUUGAUUAAUAUGAUUUCUUUAAUAUUUGGAAUGGCUGAUCUUUGAAAUUUCAUUAUAUGACCCAAUUCUUUUAGGAAUUUUCUUUUACAAUAUAAACUUUUAUGAGCUUUUGCACGUGUCAUAUGUUAUUCCAGAACACAAAUCAAAUCGUUAUAAAGGGAAGAAAAUAAAUAGGCAUCCGUCCAACACACUUGCAAAAAAAUAAAAUGAAAGACUACUAUUGGUAAAAAAAUAAACUGUUUGAAAAACUAUGUAAGCUGCUUUCAUGUCCCAAUGUCUUUAUUUAAAAGGAAUAGAGAAAGGUAAAAAAAGGAUAUGUAUUUUAAAAAUGUAUUUUCUACCCCACAUUUUGGUAGAAAAUAAUGAAUGUAUAUUUUCCUGCGAAAAGGACAACUUAGCAACAACCGCAUAAUAAAAAGUCGUUAAGAGGUAUUUUUAAACAGUAUUAUACAAAAGUGUUCUUUCAGUGGUUUUACUUUUACAUAAGCUCGUAUCGAAUCAAACAGCACAUAUUUUUAAAUAUGGUACAUGUAUGUCAAUACGUGAAGUAUUGGUACUUAUGGUAAAAAUGGAGCUAUUUUUUUCCCAAAAAGGUCUCACCUUCAUGGAUAAUAUGAAGUCAUUUAAUGCCCGAAUGGAAAGAUAGUGAAACCUUUCGAUCAUCUCUAGACUAUAUAAAGUAAUCUACACAAUGUAAUAUGUUAAUAACUAGAUGUUACAGCUGCUUCACGUAAAAGGGUCAGCAGAUUGAGCCAAUCUCUCCUCACUUCGUCUCAGACUAACCGUCGCAUGGCACUAGGCCUAAUCUAUUAAUAUGGCGAACAUUGCUGAUUCCCCCUUCAUAUUUCCCUUACAAUUUUGUCAAAACACACACUUUGUAUUUUCAAUCAAUAUGAAGAAAUAUUUGCUUACUUUUAUACAUUUCCAAGCUUAUCAUCAUAUAUGUUUUGAUGAUAGUUUUAUCUUCUUGGUAAAUGUUGCAAGUUUUGAUAAAGUCAUUACAAAAUCUGAAUUCAUAGUCAAUAAGAGGAAAAGAAAAAGAAAAACCUAUUAAGCUUAUUCUACGAUGUUGCUAUCUUCUUUUUGUUCAUCCACAAUUUUUGAAACACCAACUGUAUUUGUCUGUAAAUGAUUGUUUUCCCAAAUUUUGUGGGAUUCUUCUUCCUUGAAUUAUAGAAAUAAGCUGGUGAUAUGAUAGUCAUUCCUCAUUUCAUUCACUAAGUCCAGAUCAUCAUUUACAACAUUUAUUUCUUCGCUGUACUCCUCUGGAACUCUUUUUACUAUCA